UCCACACUCAUUCAACUUCGGACCACCAACCAGAGCAGCCACGCGAGUGCUUCCUCCCCCCGUGGAGAACCAAAUUACUCUAGUGCGAGCAAGCAAAAAAAAAGCCAAGAAGAAGCAGCCCCCGUGUGUGUGUAAAUUCCCCACGCCGCCGUCGCAACCACCGCAAGCAGCUUACAAACCAGCGAGCAGGCCAGGCCAGCUUAAUUUUCUUCUCCGGGUCAAUUUUGUUUAUCGUAUGUCCAUCCAGAAUCUAAAUACAUUCGACCCAUUUGCGGAUGCAAUAAAGGGUGCUGAUGAUGAUGUACAAGACGGACUCGUGCACAUAAGAAUCCAGCAGAGGAAUGGUCGCAAAACACUAACCACCGUGCAGGGUCUGUCGGCGGAGUACGAUCUGAAGAAGAUCGUGCGAGCAUGUAAGAAGGAAUUUGCGUGCAAUGGCACUGUGAUCGAGCACCCCGAGUACGGUGAGGUUCUGCAGCUGCAGGGCGACCAGCGGGAAAACAUUUGCCAGUGGCUGACCAAGUCGGGCCUGGCGAAGCCGGACCAGCUCAAGGUGCACGGUUUCUAAGCGCGGAAACAGCACCACCUGCAUCAUCAUCAUCUCCACCCAGUUGGUACUGUUGUUGUUGUUGUUGUCGUUGACCGCCGCCGAAGCCGCGUGGUGUGUGAGAUUCUCUAGAUAGAUGUGACAGCGCAAACGUAACCGGACCGGCCUAACAAGCCACAAACAGCAACAAACACACAAACACUCGGAUUGGGAAUCUUCAGCCACCGACGACGACAACGACGACGACGACCACCGCCGCCACCCACCAGGAGGAGGAGGAGGAGGUGUAUUCCACAGUAAAACAGCAACCAGAAUUUCACAACCAAAACCAGCAAAACGAAAUAUCAAACACAAAUCAUACAAUUCUCUGUGCGUGUGUGAGUUAAAUAAAUGUGUAGUCCCGUACGUGCGCGCGUGUACGCCCUGCCGCUCCUUAUUCUGUCUGCCACCAUCGCGGGGACGACGCCAAUAAGAAGAGUCGCCGGAGUGCCGUCGUUGGCCGGGAUGAGUUAGUAAAAAACAAACAAAAAACAACAUGAACUGAAUUCGCUUUAAAAUCACUGCUGAGAAACGACAACAUAACAAUUUGAUGAUCACAAAACACACACAGUAAAACACCAACCACUUUUAGCUUCCGUUUUUCCCACACUCUCUUUCUCUCUUCAUUCUGAAAUAAUUGUAAAAUUUAACAAAUAACAGCACUUGAAAUGAUUGUGAAGUUUAAUAAAUGAUGCGUAGGUAAUAGAGAGCA